UGUUAUUUUUCACAAACUUACAUUUAAGGAUUUCUGUAGGCUAUACGUUUUUGAUAUCCACCUAAAAAUAGAAAAUAUAUCAAGCGUGGUUCUUGUACAGAAUAAAAAAAAAGAUACAGAUGUACAGAUACAAACAAUCAUUUAAUUUGAUAAAAGUACUAUUAUUUUCAAUGCAUUGGUCUUGACGGCCAUGUAAAUAAACUUCAUUACCCAUAAGCACUUGGAGUAUUUACAUGUGUAGUUUGUAGCAAGCAACGAACAUUCUCAAGACUUCAACAACAGAGUAUACACCUCCCAAUGACCUGUUUGGUUGUGUAUUUUAUAUCCUUAACAUGUAUGUUUCGCUACUGUGGGCAAUUUUAACGUUUUAAUGAACAGCUAACUUAUCUGUAUUAGACCUCGGGAAUACUUUGAGCUAACAAGUGUUUAUUUCAAACUUCCCGCUGCAGAUACCGCCUCUGUGUGAGCUAACAUUAGCAAGAUAGUCAUGCCGAGCAGUUAUGCUAGCUAGAGUAAUUUUUCUUCUGGACAACUUAGCAUGUGAAAUAUCUGUUGUUAGUCAGUGAAGAAAUGCAGACUACCGACGUUGGCUCGAAAGAAGAUGGUAAAGUAUGGCAUCGAAAACCAAAUCCAUCUGUAAGCAACGGCAUUAUCGUCACUGUAGUUCGCAGUAAUCCUCAUCAAAACAAGACUGUGCGUUUUCUGCAAGUGGCAUUUGACACAACAGGGGAGUCAUUUGUCGCUGGCGACCAACACGGAAAUAUCUACGUGUUUGAUAUAAGUAGAAACAGGUUCCGGUUGGUCCAGAAAACUGGACAGGCAUGCACCGCUCUUUCUUUCAGUUUGCGCAGAACUACAGAGUUCCUCGUUGCCCUGGCUGACUACUCCAUAAAAUGCUUUGACAAAGAUACCAAACAACUGGUGAGCUGGAUGCGAGGGCAUGAGGGGGCUGUGUCCUCCAUAUCAUGCCACAGCUCUGGGCGAUACGCCAUUAGCACCUCAUCAGACACCGCUCAGCUUUGGGAUCUGGACACGUUCCAGAGGAAGAGGAAGCUCAACAUUCGCCAGUCUGUCGGCAUCCAAAGGGUUUUCUUUUUACCACUAAGCAACACUAUUCUCAGUUGCUUUAACGAUGAUUCCAUCUUUGCCUGGGAGAGUGAUACACUUUUAUGCAAAUACCAGCUAUCAGGACCUGAAGAUGGUACCAGAAUACAUUACAAAGCUUUUGCCGUAACAAGGGAAGGGAAGACUCUGGCAGCUGGGGGGCGCUCUAACCUGCUCCACCUGUGGUGCCUGGACAGCAGGCAGCUCAUGCGCGUGGUCCAGAUGCCACCCCUGGUUAGGACCGUGCGCCACCUGGAGUUCCUGCCCGACAGCUUUGAUGGUGGAUCCAGCCAGGUCCUGGGAGUGCUUAGCCAGGAUGGCAUCAUGCGCUUCAUCAACAUCCAGACCUUUAAGCAGCUGUUUGAGAUCGGCUCCAUCGAUAACGCCCUAACCGCAGUGACCAUCUGCCCCAAGGGACGUCACAUAGUGGCAGUGACGGAGAGUGGUGCUCUUAACAUCUACAGCGUUCAGGGCCUUACACAAGAGGUCAACAAGCCCCCGCAGCCACUGGUGAAGGUGGUCAGCCAGGACUCCACGGUGGACGCCUCUGGUAUGCUGGUAAAGGUGCGGUCAGGGACGGUCCAGAGACCCAAAACAUCUGGGCGCCGUGUCCCAGCCAAGGUGCUGCGGCCGCCAGCGGUUAUCACGGGAGAUGAGAAAGAGAAUGAUUUACCUGGUGGAUUGAACAAGAAAAAACUUCUUGCCUUACUGAAGGCUUUUGGGGAAUACCCAGCCAAAUACAGGAUGUUUGUGUGGAGGUCCCUGCUGCAGCUCCCAGAGAACCACGCUGCCUUCAACAGCCUGGUGCAGAAAGGGGUCCACCCUGCGUGCCUGACUCUCCAGGAGCGCUACCCCAUCAAAAGCCAGAAGCUGCAGCGAGGCCUGCAAAGACUCCUGUCUGCGCUUGCUCACUGGUCGGCCAUCUUUGGGGAGACAGACUACCUCCCCCUGGUGGCUUUUCCGUUCGUGAAGCUUUUCCAGAACAAUCCGCUCAUCUGUUUUGAAGUGGUGGCCACUGUCAUUGUGAAUUGGUGCCAGCAUUGGUUUGAGUACUUCCCCAACCCACCCCUGAAUGUGCUCAGCAUGGUGGAGAACGUGCUGGCCCACCACGACAAGGAGCUGCUGCAGCACCUGGUCGACUGCCACAUCACCUCACAGCUGUACGCGUGGCCGCUGCUGCAGACGCUCUUCUCCGAGGUGCUCACCAGGGACGAGUGGCUCCGGCUGUUCGACAACGUCUUCUCCAACCACACGGCCUUCCUGCUGGUCGCCGUGGUGGCGUAUGUCACCUGCUGCCGGGUGCAGCUGCUGACGCUCGCCUUCAGGGAGGACUUUGAGUAUUUCUUCCACCAUCGCAACAACUUUGACAUCGGCGCCAUGAUCAAGGAGACGUACCGCCUGAUGAGCACCACGCCGGAGGACAUCCACCCGCGCUCCACCCUGAGCGCCUUUGAGCCGCUGCUGCGCGGCCAGUACCCCGUCUUCAACAAGUACCCCACCUUCAUCGUGCAGUACCAGUCCCAGGAGCGCGAGCGCAUCCGCCAGCAGGAGGGGCAGUACCUCCGAGAGAGGCAGGACCUGCAGCAGCUGCGGGCGGAGACGGUGCGGCAGCAGGCGGAGGACGAGGCGUGGUACACCCAGCAGGAGCUGCUGCAGCAGGCAGAGCAACAGCGUAGGAACAUCCUGCAGCAGGAAGAGGCCAAGCUGGCCGAGCAGAGAGUCAAGCUGGCCGCCAUGAAGCGCGAGCUGAAGCUGAAGGAGCUGACGCUGGUGGAGGCCACGCGCCGCAGGUUUCUGCACCACCAGCAGGACCAGCGCACGGUGCAGCUGCAGAGGCUGGACGACGAGAUCCAGAGGAAGAUGGCCCUACGAGAUCAGGAGACUGCGGCUGCAGUGCAGGACAUCGAAGUGAGACAGAUGGAGCUGGAUGCCAAGAGACGUCUCUUCGAACAGCAACUAGCGAAGGAGCAAGAGCGGGUGAACCAGGAAGUGGAGGCGGAGCUUGGAGUCCGCAGACAUCGGGCAGAGCUUGAGGAGACAGCGUUUCGUGAUGUGCUCCAGACAGAUGUGGACCUCACCCACGACACCAAGAGGGUGCUGGAGGAGUCUCUGGCGGAGGCGGGCCAGCUGGGCACAGACCACGAGUGGCAGGUGGAGGUUCUGAAGCGCAUGGAGCAGUCCGACGCCGACCAGCAGAGGCGGCAGCACCUGCUGAGCCAGAUGGCCCAGGAGACUCGCGGCAAAGAGGAGGAGCUCGAAGAACUCAUGAUGGCCGCGGAGGGCAGGAAGUGGGAGAAGGAGGAGGAGGAGGAGAAAAAGAAGGAGCAGGCAGCUGCCCCAGUGGAGUCCUGGCGAGGAGAUCACCAGGGCCCCCCCACUGAACAGCGCUACCAGAGACCUCCAGAGAGCCAGGGGGAGACGUAUAGUCGACUAAGGGAGCGAAACCUCACAUCCUGUCUACUAAGGGAGCGAAACCUCACAUCCUGUCUACAAAGGGAGCGAAACCUCACAUCCCCCUGUCCAACAAGAGACCCUGGAUGCAGGCCCAGUUCAGCCCCCACACAACCCAAUGUCAAACCAGUCUGCCUGAACAACCAGACUCCCUCAGAAAGCUCCACCACCUUCUCUCUGGACCGCGGUCGAGCGGAGCUGGACUCUAAGGAGCGCGAGCUGAUGAAGGAAGUCAGGGACCUUCGGCAGAAGCUGGCCCGGGCCAAAGCAGGCCACAGCAGCACGUACUCCAGCAGCACGGUCUCACAGUGACCCAAACUACAGUUCUCCAGAACCCCCCCCCCACACACACACACACUCCACUGGCCAUCCGAUAGAAGGACUGUUGGUUCAAAGGUCAAAGGAACCUGUUGUUAUGGCAUUCCAUCUCAUGUCAAAAUCUAAGCAGUGAAGCUUUGGCGAUUUUACAGACUGCGUUCACGUUUGCAUUCCAUAGUGUCACAUCUGAAUAUUGGUUUGUGAAGUUUGCUCCACAGAUCAAUACAAGAGUACAGGUUUUGUCGUGUUUGUGUGUUCUCAAGGGUUUUGUGCCCUUUUUCUUUUGUCUGUGUUGUCUUUUUUAAUUUAUUUCAGAGAUACUUGUGCCUUAUGGUGUAGAUUCUUACAGCGUUGUAAAUAAACUUUGGCAUUUGUUUUUGAA